AUGGAUCUAUCCCGAAUCACUGCUCCGUUCGCCAUGAUAACAACGCCGGAUUUUCACACAUUAAAAGUGGAAUGGUUUGAUAGUCUGGAAGAACUAGAGAUGUUGGGGCUCAAAUGUGCUGUUGAGGUGUCUAUUCGUAAGACAGACCACUCAAAUUGGGAAGUUAUCUACCUUGGACGGAGUGAUCAGUGUGUUUACUCAAAAAUGGAGCCUGGUAUGGAGUACAUGGUCCGUCUACGCCUUAACAUGGGGGAUAAAUUCGGGCCUUAUGGAGAGGAACAACCAAUAGAAAUGCCCCCUGAACCAAACACUGGAUCAGAUCUUCAUAAAGCCAUAAAAUUCGAAGACAUGGAUCAGCUACGCUCGAUCUUGAGUGUCGGGCAGGUAGACCUUGAAGUCGCGGAUCAAUUUGAUUUCACUCCUCUCAUGGCUGUUGCAAACAGAAACCUACGGAAUUUUGUGACCGUUCUUAUCAAAUACGGUGCCAAAGUGAACACGACAAACAAACUCGGUAAAACAGCCCUGAUGAUUGCGGCUAACAAAGGCUUUAUUGAAAUAGCUGAAUGCUUGCUGCAAAAUGGUGCUGACCCGAAUUUGCAGGAUAUCAAUGGAAUGCACGCGGUUUUCUACGCAGUUGAUGGCGAGAACGGAAACAUGAUUCGUCUACUGCACAAAUGGGGCGCACAUAUCAACCUAGAAGAUCGGGAUAACCAAUGGACGCCGCUGAUUCGGCUAGCUUGUCUCGCUAAUAACGGAAAUCCUCGAGUGGGCUCAGCCUUGAUAGAUUGUGGAGCAGAUGUGAACCACAGGGACAAAUACGGUCAAACUGCACUAAUUCAUUGCGCAUUUCAUCGAAACCACACCGAUUUGGCGAAGCUGCUUUUGUCCUGUGGAGCCGAUCCGGACAUUCGUAACAAGAAGAAUCACACAGCAUGGGAUAUCGCAAAAUCUUUGGAAAAUCUGAAUUUCUGCCAGCUUGUCGAGAAGUUCAAGCGCUCCGUUGUACGCAAAUGAAGUCCCGAUGGAAGCUGUAUUAUUUAUUCGUACGAUUUACUUGGACAGCAUUUUCAGUGUCCAGUUUACAUGAAUUGGUUUCACUUGUCUUGCUUUGGUGUCCAUUUUUCUUUCAAUAGUCCAAAAAUUUCUUGAAUUGCAUGUAAAAGAAUUUCUUGCACAUAGCCUUGUAGAAUCAAUCUUUUUCAAAUCCAGCAUAUGUCCAUGUAGGCCACAAUUGUUACAAAAACC